GGGGCCUUGAGAACGGCUGACGCGCUUGUUGAUGCCGCCGCGCCGCCUUCUUUCUCCUCCUUCCUGUUUCUGCUGCUCAGCCGGAGAGAUGGCGGACGACGCGGGCGCUUGAGGGGAGGAGGAGGCGGAGAGCGGCUUUGCUGACCUGACCCAGCGACCGCCGCCUGUCAUGGCGGAGGACCUGGAGCUGGAAAGGAAGGCAGUGGAAGAACUUUUAAAAGAGGCCAAGCGUGGAAAAACCAGAGCAGAAACUAUGGGACCUAUGGGCUGGAUGAAGUGCCCGCUAGCCAGCACAAACAAAAGAUUUCUUAUCAAUACUAUUAAGAACACAUUACAGUCUGAAAAAGAGCCAGACCAGGGACAGGAACAUAAGGAAGAUGACAAGGAGUCUGAGCCAAGCCUGAACAGAGAAGAAACAAAACCAAAGAGACACAGAACGCACCCUUACAAACCUAGCUUCCGGGCUAGGAGAAGGGUUAGCUAUUCACCUCCUAGGCGUCGGAACGGGAAUCGGCACGCACAGGAGAAGUAUGAAAAGAAAUCAAGCAAAUGAAGAUGAAUGUGUUCCAUUCUAAGGCAGGAAUGUCAUGGUGGGGAUGUUCAUCUGAAGCUAUCAUGUAAAAAAAAAGACCUUGUGUAUUUCUUUUUGGUUUUUCUGCCUCCUGGACUAAACCUUCUUCUUGUGGCUGUAAUGUGUUUGUGCUUAGCACAUGUUUGACAAUGCUGUCCUAAACAAAGUGGCACCUUUCUAAAUCCUUUGAAAUUAAGGGGCUUAGGAGGGUCUGACUCUGCUUAGCACUGUUAGAAACAUUGUCUUUUGAUUAACAAAUAAAUUUGCAUUGCAUUCAUGCUAAGUUGUUUUGCUUUGCAGUGUCUUUUAAAAAGCUUCUUGAACCAUCCUUUUUUUUUUAAAGGUUUCUGUUCCACAGUUAAGGAAAGCUUCAUCUUCAUAUAACUGAGUGGGAGAGAGUUUAUUACCUAAAAAUGGAUGGCAUUAGUGCUAGAGGUUUACAAAUUAAUUUAUCUCACUAUAGAUUUAAUUUAUACUGCAUUUGUUUAUAACUCAAGGCAUUUGUCCUGUUCAAGUGCAUUAGCUUAUAUCCUGAUAAUAUUUCCACUGAUGGAAGGAUUUCUGUCAGCGGAAGGCAGCAUUAUUACCUCCCACUACAUCCCAGAAUGAUCAAGUGGACACCCUAAGGGGAGAGAGGAGGGAAUCAGAGGUCUAGAACAGGAAUCAACAAAAAUCAGCCCCUUUCUUACAUCAGCAGAAAUUCGCUGUGGGAUCUAACCUAUUCUUUUGUGAGCACAGAAUAUUCCCCAACAUUGAAAUGAAUGAAGGCAACUCCUAUUUGACCCAGAGUUCUGUACAUUCAUUGAAGUAAAGCUUUGGAUCCCAGUCACUGAUUAGAUCCAAUGUGUGAAUUUGGCUUUCACUAUUGUGCAUCUGACUGGUUAAUUGACAAUAAGUGGACCAUCUAGUAAGUACAACUGUGUAUUGCUUUUUCUCUGUUAAGAAGCUAUAUAGUGAAGAAUCAGAUGAUUCUGAAAAUUAAGCUUAAGGGUGUAAUUGUGAAAUAAUACCGGAAGUUGCUACUUGAGUUCAGAUUGCUGUUAUGAUAUAGUUGUAUUAUAGAGUUCUCAAUGUUUUCUUCUCUUCUGAUAAUUGACAUUUGUCAUUACUUUGCUCUGUAGAACCAGCCAUUGACAUUUACAGGCUGUAGACAUGAUUAUUUGGUGAGUGUGUAGUUGUUUUCAGUGAGUUAACAUUAAACUGGAACUGUGCUAAUGAAAA